UACACUUUCUCGCAUUUGCAACUCAACAAGCACUCUCUUAACCUACAAUAGAAAACACAGACAGAGAAGAUCGGGAUUUCUUAAUUAGGGUUUGAGAAGUGAGAGAGCAAUUUAGUUUUAAGGGGAUCUAUGGAGGUCGCAGGAGAGAGUGACAAGUAUAGGGUGAUUAAUUUUGAGGACACAGAGCUCCGUCUUGGAUUGCCUGGUGGGAUUAAUGGAAAUCAUGUUGAUUCUAGUGAAGCUACCAAAAAUGGUAAUGGUUUUGGCAAGAGAGGCUUCUCGGAGACUGUCGAUUUGAAGCUUAAUCUCUCCUCGUCUGCGCAAUCCAAGGAUAAACAUGUCGUUCCUGCUCGCUCAAAUGAUCUGGCAAAGCCCCCGGCCAAGACACAAGUUGUGGGUUGGCCACCCGUCCGAUCGUUCCGGAAGAACAUCAUGGCCGUCCAAAAGAACAGCAGUGAUGAGAGUGAGAAAGCGGCAGCAACACUUGUGAAGGUUAGCAUGGAUGAUGCACCGUAUCUACGUAAGGUGGAUCUCAAAUCAUACAAGAGCUACCAAGACCUAUAUGUUGCCCUACCCAAAAUGUUCACCUCCUUCACCAUUGGUAAUUGUGGAUCACAAGGAGUGAAGGAUUUUUUGAAUGAGAGCAAAUUGAUAGAUCUGUUGAAUGGGUCUGACUAUGUGCCUACUUAUGAGGACAAAGAUGGAGAUUGGAUGCUUGUUGGAGAUGUACCAUGGGAGAUGUUUGUCGAUUCGUGCAAGCGCCUUCGAAUAAUGAAGGGAUCUGAGGCAAUCGGACUUGCUCCAAGAGCAGUUGAGAAGUGCAAGAAGAGAAGCUAAAAUGAUCAAGAAUUGUACUGAAAGCAAAGGCAGACAGACCGGCUGGAUCAAGAGAGGGAUCAAGCAAGGAGUUUGAAAGUGUCUGUACCAUCAUUUUGUUUCUUUUAUGAAACUAUUAUAUAUAAGUAUAUGAGGAAUAUAUAUAUUCUGAAAUAUAUAUAUAUGUUAGGGAACUAUUGAUAGAUGUAUGUUUGUAUAAAGUCCUUUGCUCAUCUGUAACUUUUGUUUAUUUAUCAAUGGAUUGCCAAAUGAUGGCACUGGCACUUGUUAUCACCGUA